GAUCUUUUUAACCAUUUCAUGCCUGAGGCAGUGUAUUCCAUGCAGUGGCCCUCCUGACACACCCAGCUCUGCGUUGUUCACACCCUCCUCUCUGCAGACAUAAUCCAUACAGGGCAGGCACACAGCAGGACAGAUCCUCAGACACACAAGACCAUCCGAAACCAUGUGUGAGCCAAGGGGCUGUUGUGGCCUCCUAACACCUGAAAAACUACCAAUUCCACUACAGGGGAUCUCAGUUGACAUCCAGGUGAAAGGCUUUGUGGCUGAUGUGGCUGCAACGCUCAAGUACAAGAAUAAGGAGGAGAAGGCGGUGGAGGCCAUCUUUGUGUUCCCCAUGGAUGAAGACUCUGCUGUCUACAGCUUUGAGGCCACAGUGGAGGGGAAGACCAUCGUAGCCGAUCUCCAGGAGAAGAAACAGGCUCAUGAAACAUACAAUGAGGCCAUCAGUCAGGGCCUGCAGGCUUUCCUUCUGGAAGAAGAUGAGAGUUCUGGUGACAUCUUCAGCUGCAGUGUGGGGAAUUUACUGCCCGGGCAGGAAGCUGAAGUGACGCUGAGCUUUGUACAAGAGCUGCAGGUUGAAGCGGAUGGCGCUGUGCGUUUUGUUUUACCCGCGGUCCUCAAUCCUCGGUACACCCCAAAAGGACAAGAGGAAAGUGUGACUAUGACUUUACCGACGCUGCCGAUAAGUGAGAUCCCAUACACACUGAGUCUGACCGCUCGGUUUCAGUCUGCGUACGGUAUAGCUAAGAUUGAGUCCAGCUGUGACCUUACACCUCUGAAGUACACCAACGAUGACAAAACCGAGGCUGAGGUGGAACUAGCAGAGGGACAUAAAUUUGACCGAGAUGUGCAGCUCCUUGCCUACUACUCAGAGGUGAACAAGCCAAGCGUAAUUUUGGAGGAGGGAACUACCGAUAAUGAAGCAGGUUCCUUUAUGGAUGACGCUGCUGUUAUGCUCAAUUUCUAUCCAAGUUUCCCAGAAACCCAAGAACAGACCUUGUGUGGAGAGUUUAUCUUUGUGGUGGACCGUUCUGGGAGUAUGGAGUGUCCAAUGAAUUCAGAGCCAAAUGCUCCACUUCGUAUCCAGAGCGCUAAGGAGACACUGGUUCUACUAUUGAAGAGUUUGCCCCUUGGAUGUUACUUCAAUAUCUAUGGUUUUGGAUCCAACUUUGAGUCUUAUUUCCCGGAAAGCGUGGAAUACACACAACAAUCUCUGGUUGAUGCUGUUGAGAAGGUUAACCAAAUGCAAGCAGACUUAGGAGGGACCGAGAUCCUUCAACCACUAAAAAAAAUCUACGAAACAGCAGGAAUACCAGAACACCCCAGACAGCUCUUUAUCUUCACUGAUGGAGAAGUUGGGAAUACUAAAGAAGUGAUAGCCGAAGUCCAGCGAAAUGCACACAGUCAUAGAUGUUUCACAUUUGGGAUUGGAGAAGGCGCCUCUACUGCGCUUAUUAAAAGGGUCUCACGGGCAGCAAGUGGAACAUUCGACUUCAUCACUGGAAAAGACCGUCUGCAGCCCAAGGUUCUUAAAGCCUUGAAGUGUGCUUUACAGGCCACCGUGAAAGAUAUUGCCAUUGACUGGACCCUCCCUGCUGGUGUCAAAGUGAAUCUAAUUUCUCAGACCCCGGCUGCGCUCUUUCGAGGGCAGAGGUCUAUCAUCUAUGCCACGUUGAAGGGAGAGCUGAAUGAAGAGGCAGAAGGUGAGGUUUCUCUUCAGUACAAGUUUAAGGACGAGAUCUUCACAAACCAGUUAAAAUUCCCAUUAAAAGCCAACGCCAAGGAAAGACCCACCAUCCACCGAUUGGCAGCUAAGAAUCUUAUCUCCCAGCUGGAGAGUGAUUCGGACACCGAUGAGGUGAACAAGAGAAUCCUGGAGACUAGUCUGCAGUCUGGAGUCAUCUCUGCUCUUACGGCCUUUGUAGCGGUCAACAAGGAGACAAAGACCCUUGUGGAUGGUCCUCCUGUACAGAGAUACAAUCCUCCUGUUGUAUUGGCUUGCUCUAUGCCUAUGCCACCAGCUCAUUUCCGCUAUUACUCAGCCCCUAGGGCACUAUGUGACAUGAUGGCUACAGAGUGUUUAGACCUUGCAGAACUGGAUGAUGCAACUAACAUUACAGGGGAUCAACCAGUGCCCAUAGAGGAUGAAGAACAGCCCCCUGCUAUACCAGGGAAGGGGGAAGCCUCGGCUCUCUUCAGGCUGAUCUCCUUGCAGAAUGCAGAUGGAUCCUGGAACUCUAGCACCGAACUGGCAUCAAUUCUGGGAACAUCAGAAGACUUUAAAGGAAGCUGCCCUGAUGCGGAAAUGGAUCCAUCCGUGUGGGCCACAAUUCUGGCUUUGAUCUGGCUUCACAGCUCCUGCUUGGAGCAGGGGGAUGAAUGGGAGUUACUCGAGAUGAAGGCCAUCGCCUUAGUGAAGAAUAAAGCUGGUUCUUCUCUGAAUAAAUACAUCAAAGCUGGAAUUGAGUUGCUGAAAUCUUCUGUGGAUCCCGCAGUGUUUGCUUUCUGACGGAGACGUUCUCUCGUUUUGGAGGAGUGCGGGGAUGUUGUGGGCCGAGCCGUCCUCCUAGAUAUGAUGGUCUUGUUGUAUGGCUUCUUAUUAAAUGUUUACAUCUAUCCUUCUCCGGGACUGCGCUCUAUAGUUCUGUGUGUGGUUUAGGAGUAGAGAUGAGCGAACUUACAGUAAAUUCCAUUCGUCACGAACUUCUCGGCUCGGCAGUUGAUGACUUUUCC